GGCGAUUGCGAACAGGUAUAUAUACCUAAGCAUCAUACACACGGACCACCCAGAGCUUGCAAGCCUACUUACCUUUCUCCUCUCGUAAACACUCUACUUUCUCACUCUCAUAAAUUUCUCACCAUCAUAAAUUUCUCACCACCUAAGCCUUUCAACACAUCACAAUGGACGCUGCCAAGAACGCCGCCGCUUCUGCCGGAGCCUCGAUCCGAGAGGACGGAGCCAUCGGAUCACAAUUCCGAUCAGACGGUGCUAUCGGCUCGAUCGGUCAGUCGAUCGGAGGUCCUUUCGACAAGGAGGGUGCUAUCGGUAGCCAGUUCACCACUGACGGAGCUAUCGGAGGAACCGCCGAGAUCGUAGGAGAGAACAUUUCUGGCGCUGCCGGAUCGGCCACUUCGAACCCCCAAGGGUCCGAGGCUAACCGGGCCGACAGGUUGCCCACCGAGUAAAAGAACGUUCCCCUAAGAACAUUCGAGCUCGAACGUAACGGUUAUACGGGAUGUGGUGGGAUCGAUGGGAUUGCUGCGGAACAUGUGUACAAAGUCAAGUCAAAUCGAACCAAAUAUCAUCAAGUCAAUGAAUAAUGGA